AAAUCUAACGAGGAGCGUAAAGGUAGACAGUAAAAGCUUUCUACUGGGCAUGUAACGGGAUACAAAAGGAUAGACGUGGACGCAUGCCAGGAACACAUUCCAAGUUCGCUGUGGUCAGGAGGAAAAAAUGUACGUGGUGGUUAUUUGCAUUAAACUCCUGCUGCAAGCUUGCAUCGACAAAGCGGGCGAAAUCUCGCGCUGGUUGAUGAGGCUGGUCGCCUUGAGGAAAUGUGGGCUCAUUGAGUGGAGACUGGGAAGAGUAACAAGCAGCGGUGGGACCCAGGAGCGGAGUGUGGUCCCCACCAGUGUCAAUUACCAUUUCACUCGCCAAUGUAACUACAAGUGCGGCUUCUGUUUCCACACCGCCAAGUCAUCAUUUGUGUUGCCCCUGGAAGAAGCCAAAAGGGGACUAAAGCUACUAAAGGCAGCCGGUAUGGAGAAAAUUAAUUUUUCGGGAGGAGAACCUUUUCUGGUCAAUCGUGGAGAGUUUCUAGGGAAGCUGGUUCAGUACUGUAAGCGGGAGUUGAAACUGGCCAGUGUCAGCGUUGUGAGCAAUGGGAGUCGGAUCACCGAAAAGUGGUUUAAAAACUAUGGUAAGGAUCUGGACAUUUUGGCUAUUUCAUGUGACAGUUUUGAAGAGGACACCAAUCGUCUCAUUGGCCGUGGGCAGGGGACCAAAAAUCACAUCGAGAACCUCCUCAAAGUCAGAAAUUGGUGCAAAGAUUACCAAGUGGCUUUUAAAAUCAACUCUGUCAUCAACAGAUUCAAUGUUCAUGAGGAUAUGAAUGAACAAAUCAGGAUGAUAAAUCCAAUAAGGUGGAAGGUAUUCCAAUGUUUGUUGAUUGAAGGGGAAAAUGCUGGAGAAGAAGCUCUGAGACAUGCAGAAACAUUUGUUAUCAGCAGUAAAGACUUUCAGAGAUUUUUGGAUAGACAUAAGGAGAUCAAGUGCCUUGUGCCUGAAUCUAAUGAGAAGAUGCGAGAUUCCUAUCUCAUCCUUGAUGAAUAUAUGCGCUUCCUAGAUUGUACCCAAGGCAGAAAAGAUCCAUCAAAAUCUAUUUUGGAUGUAGGUGUCGAGAAUGCAAUUAAAUUUAGUGGGUUUGAUGAGAAAAUGUUUUUUAAACGUGGAGGUAAAUACACAUGGAGCAAAGCAGAUAUGCGUUUGGAAUGGUAACUGUUGCUCUAUAUUCUUGCCUGUCUCAAUUAUGAAAUAUUCAAGCAAUACACAUUUUAUGGAUUCAGAAAAUGACUUUGAACCCUGUCAAAGUAUUAUUGUCCUCAGCUGUCAGCAUUGUAAUUCUUUUCUUAAAACAAACAGUGCAGUAUUUAGGAUGAUAUUAACAAUUGAAAAUAAUCUGGCAUUCAAUGCGAUGUCCAUACAAUUCACAUACCUGAAAGAUUUUUAUCGGCUGAAUUGUAACGUGAAGCUGCAACGCUAGAGUUUAAGAAAAGAUUUGAUGCACCCAGAAAAUAAACAUUGUUGACAUGCAUUACCGCAUGUAAAAAUAAUUACCAGUUGCAUUAUGGACAGGUAAAUUUUGGGAGGCUGGGUGUAUUUUGAAUGGUUGGUGUUUUUACUUGAUUCAAACAGGUUACAAUAUGACCGAUGAAAAUAUAACAGUAAUGACUCAAUUUUUUUGAAAAAUGUUCAAAAGUCUCUCAUUGACUUCUGCUUUCUGGAAGUUGCUGCUGUGGAUGAACCUCAGAGGUUGCACACUGGCAGCAAAAAUUAGAGGAACAGAGUUCUCCAUUGGUUGAACUCAUACUUGGCACAAAGGAAUCGUGAUUCCUGGAGGUCAAUCAUUACAGACCCUGGCAAUUGUUGCAGGAGCUCCUCAGUAGGCCCCAAGUACAGUGCACUCUGGUAUAAUGCAUGAUGGCUCUGAAGAAACUGUACCCACUUGUGAAAUGAUCAGGAAGAGAGCACAGAUUUAAAAUAAUUGGCUAAAGAAAUAGAUAUUAGGGAAUUUUCUUUGGGGGAGGCGGUACAAACUGUGUGUAGGCAGACAGUAUUACUUUAGAACAGCAUCAUGGUCAGUACAGACAUGGUGGGCUAAAGGGCCUGUUCAUGUGCUAUACUGUUCAAUAUUCUAUUUUUUGACACAAAAGAUCAAAUAUUGAUUUUUACUUUACAUGAUCAACAUUGGAUUUAUGAUUAACAUGGAAAACUAAUUUUUUACUUCACCGUUUUUAAAACGCUUUCAUUAAUGAAUGUUUGAAUUGUAAUACAUACACGACGUACAAUACUUCAAAGUAUUCAUAGUCUGUUAUGUCAGUUCGGAGUGAAUAUUCACUUUAAUAUUGUUUACUUUUUGAAUAGAAAUAUCUCACUUGUCAGAAUUUAUCAGAAUUUCAUCUUCAUUUAUUUAUGUCACAGAAGUUACUGUUUCAACAAUGGUUUACAUUUUUUGCUUAAGGCACUAUACAGCCUCACAAUUCCAGUUUCUACAAGAUUCUAUUUCCAUUUCUGUGACAUUCUGAUAAUAGGCAGCAAUUGCAGAAAACAUUUAUGUGUUACAGCAAACACAGAAAACAGUGGUUUAUUUCCAAUCUUGGCAGUGCAAAAUAAGAGGAGCUGAUAUUUAAUUUAUUACUAACCAACUUGAUACGAAGCAAAAUGUUUAACCAAAAAGACAAUUAACAGAAGUUUAUAUCUUUCCUCUUAUUUUCUUUUAUAUUCACCUGCCUUUGUCUCCUGUGGAGUACCAUACAACUCCUCUCAAAUUAUCUCUAACUUUCAAUGAUGCACUUUCACUGACAUUUUUAUUUUAGGUUAGAACCAAUCACACCCUGAAAGAAUAAAACAUUACCUUUUGGUCUUAGUUUCACUUACUCAUUGGUUUGUUUGUCUUAGCUGUUGCUAAUUUUUCUCUUCCUCCUUUUUUUAAUGGUCAUUUUGCCCCUUACAGUAUUUGUUUACCCCUUUUCAAUGCUCUCUAAUCAAAAUAGUUUACUUUGCUUUUCCAUCCAACUCUUUCACUCUUUACUAAGCAACUUCUAUUAAUUUCCCCAUCUGCCUCUAUAAUUAUUCAUUGUGACCACCUAGCCUUAUACUGAAACUUGUCAUCUAUUUUACUACAUUAUUAAAACUAAUCUCAGUCCAAAUAGAUUUCCUCACAAACACAUGCUAAGCUCUGAUGUUUAGUUAAGUGUAAGAGUUCGUAAUUUUUAAUUGUAUAUAACUUAUGCAACAUUCAGUGCAAUACCAUUUAAGUAUAUGUUAUUUUGUGUAAAUAAUGCUGGCAUCAACUUGCAAUGUUUUGUAUCAAUUAAUAACUUAAAAAGUUUGAAUAAAGUGAAAAAGUGUGUAAUGCCGACA